GCAGCCUGAUAAGCAAUACAGAGGGAAACACAAUAAAGUAAUACUGUCCUCCCAUCUGAGAUACCGUCAAUGGGAGGAGCAAAAACUAAAUUCAAAGGCAGGAAGGAGGAUUUGGAGCGACGGACAAAAUCAUACCAGACUGCAUAUUGAGUUUUGAAUUGAUGAUGUCCACACAUUUGCAGUUGUUAUCUGAAGCAGAGAAAUUAAUAUCCUCACAAAGGUAGAAGUGACAGUGGAUCUACUUACAGAUACCCAUCCUGUUAUCUGAAGCAGAGAGAUGAAUAUCAUCAGAGAGGUACAAGUGACAUUGCCUCUAGUGACAGAAACCCAUCCUGUCAUAGAGAGUAUUCUGAACAACAACCUGAAAAAGCUCAAGAAGUUACUAAUAAAGCAACAAUGUUAAUGGAGUUUAUCCCUGCAGAGAGUGGAAUGAUAAUAUAACCCCACUGAUUGCUGCUGUUGUAAAACACAAUAGCAAUAUCUGCUCUUAUCUUUUAGAGGAGGGCGUGGACCCUAAUAGUCCUUCUCAGUAUGGUUGGACACCUCUGCAUUAUGUCUCACGAUCCCAAGCACCACUUCUUUUUGUAGACAAACUGCUUAAAGCUAAAGCUGAGCCAAAUGGAUGGAAAAACCAGAUCUUCACACCACUACAAACUGCUGCCUUCAGUGACAGGGAGGAUGUAAUGAAACUGCUCAUUUCUGCCAAAGCACAGGUAACUUUGAUACCUGUAAAUGUUUAUGACCAUUUAACACAGAAUAAAAAAAUAGCUGAGAUGAUUCACGACUUGGCAUCCAAAGGAAAUCAGUUAUGCUCUAAAAUCUGCCAUAUUUUGGAUGUGGACAUUUUUGUGCAAGAGAAAUCACCUGAGGAAGUGUUCAGAACGUUUUACAGACACAUGCUGCUGGAAGAUCCUCAAACCCAUGUGACCAUCAUUGAAGUGCUGUUCACUGUUACUGGGCAACAGGAAGAAGAAUACAAACGCAGAAGUAUUGAAUGGCUUAGAGAAACUGAAAAGUUAAAUACCUACAUUGCAGAUGCAGUCAGUCGCUUUCCAAACAUCUCCAAGAAGCAAGUGAAGUUAGCAAUCGAUACUUUACACGCUGUUUUCUGCACAAUGGAAGAUAUACCAAACGAGCAAGCACAGGCCAUAAUUCCCCAACUUCUGGAACACCUGUUCUCAAAAGAGGGGCCAGACUGGUGGAUAACCCUUCGGCAACCACAAGAAAGAUGUGAUAUAUGGGAGGCUGUUCUGCACACACUGUAUGUGAUAACACAGAAAACAAAAGGCAUCAAUGACUGGGAUUCCAGCCUUUUGGAGAAAUUAAGCAAAACAGUUGCACCUUUGAUAAAUGAGCAACACUCUUCUUACAUCAGGAUGUACACAUACGGCAUAUUUGCAAACCUGCUACCAACCAAGACCUUUACAUCAGUGGAGAUAACGUCAGUGCCCGAGGACAUACUAACAUCUGCAGAUAUGACGACCGAUGACAAGCUGAAAGAAGGCCUGAGACGCUUGAAGGAUCAUUUCAGCAAGUCAAGCUCAUCUGAAUCCAAGAAAAAGAAGAAGAAGAAGAAGAAAAAGACGAAAAAAUCAAACAAGCAAGAAGACCCUAAUAAUGAAGGUGACAGUGCAGCAGCUGAUCCAACAACAGUUCCUGUUGUGGAAUCAGUUUCAAAUGUGAGGCCAUUUAAUUUCAGCCCCACUGGAUUAUCAACACCAAGAAAAUGGCUGAAAAUCAGCAGAAGGUGGAAUGAAAAAUUUAGGAAGCUUGAAGGCACUGAUGAAAGUAGACUAACCAAAGUUAGGAGCAUAAUUUAUGUUAAUGAUAGAGAAUUCUGUAUAGCGAAGGGAAGCGAUGGAACUGAAGUCUUCUUGGGGCUGAAGGACGACGGCACAGAGGUCGCACUUAAGAGAAUGUCUAGAAGUAACUAUGAGGUACUGAAGAAUGAGGAAGGAAUCCUGCGACUACCAGAACUUGAUAAUCCAUCUAUUGUACGAUACAUUGAUGCUGCAGAGGAUGAGAACUUUGGAUAUCUUGGUCUCCAACUUUGCGAGCACACCUUGGAAGAAUACAUCAGCAUCAUUGGUGCUGAUCUGCUGAAGAGAAAGAAACUCAUCUAUGAGUUUCUUUACAGCUUACAGGUGCUUCACUGUCAAAAUCCUCAAAUUCUCCACCGCGAUCUCAAACCACAGAAUGUUUUGAUCGAUGUCACAGGGAGGGCGAGAUUAGCUGACUUUGGCAUAAGCAGGCGUUUACUCAAAGACCAAACAACCCUGCGAACAGCCAGCGCAGGAACUAAGUGUUGGAUGGCCACAGAGACUCUUUCAGAAGAAUCUGACAUACCAUACAAGUCAAACACUGACAUACAGGUGGCAGGGAUGUUGAUUUACUACAUCCUCUCUGGAGGACACCAUCCAUUUGGCAAAUCCCCUAAAUGCGAGUACAACAUUUCUGAAGGAAUGUACAGUUUGGAUCAUGUUGAAGAUGUGGUGGCGAAGGAUCUCAUUGAGUGGAUGAUCAACAAAGAACCAAAGAAUAGACCCAAAGUGAAGGACUGCCUGAGUCAUCCCUUCUUCUGGCCUCGUAGAAAGAAGAUAGAUUACUUGAAGAAAGCAGGUAAUAGGGAGGAAGCAACAAACUAUCGAAAUGCUGACCAGGAACUGAUUCAUUCAUUUGAAAGGUUUGCUGAGGAUGGAUCCUUCAACCAGUGGAAAAAUAAGUUUCCAGAACAGCUGAUUCAGAAGAUGGAUGGCAAGAAGAAAUACACUGAAAACAUUUUGGGAUUGCUGCGAUUCAUUCGUAACUUCCAUGAGCAUUACAGUAAGGAGGCAGCUGAAGUUGAUGUCCUGGCAUUAUUUCCUGAUUUAUUUGGAUGUAUUUACAAGGGUGCCAAGAGCAAUGGGUGGAAUGAGGACUCACCCUUAAAUGAAAUGUUUCAAAGAGAAGACUUCAGUGCUGACUUUGUGAUGCCCUCAACCAACACAGAGCAGCUUCUACACGCCCCAGUUCAAGAGUCUUGUCUUAGUGAUGCUCCUGCUUCCUGAUUUACCUCUCCUCCUCCCUCUGGACCAAUUACUGCUGCCUCCUCCAGAUUCCAGGGAUAAAACCUCUGCCAUCCUGUCGUCUGCCAGCAGCUGUGUCCACUUGUCAGACAGCUCGCCUUCUUUGUGACUCUGAUUGUUUGAGUAAUGUGGACCUCUUUUUUUAUCCUACUGUGGUCUAGAACUGUGCCUUUGAGGUUUCUGUGGUUUUGUUAAUGUUGUUUAUUUGUUGAAGCAGGUGAUGUGACAAAAUAGUUGAGAGGGAAAUGCUGAGAAUCAGAUAUUUUAUUUACCCUUUAGGUAAAGUUUUUUUUUAAGUUUUUAAGGCAUACUGUAAAUGACUGGUUGUUGAUGGUCGAUUCACAUGUCUGCCAUCUAGCGGUGGAAAGUGGUAACAAGUUUAAGCUCUCUAUCUGGAGACAUGGCCUGGUCCUUUUCUCAACUUUGAGACUUUAGGACUUAGAGGGUUAAUUCUUAACUGGUAUUUUGAUACUUGUUAGGAGGUUGGGCCAGGUUCUGCAGAUUUUACAUUAACAACCUUUGAUUUUGUGUUGUUUGGUUAUUGGUUUAGUGGUGCUACUCUUGUAGUUUUGUUUUGUAGUCACUAUACUCAGACAGGUUUUGUUUCUUUUGUUUUAGACAUUAUUUAGUUAACUAGGUUAUUUAUUAUCAGUUUAGCCCCUUUCUAAUUAGUGUCUUUCUUUGAUUUGAGUAGCACCACACACCCAUUACUUCUGUUUGUUUCAGCUUGCCUAUAGCUGAGAUGGGUGGUAAGGUUUUGUAUAUAUUUUUUGUGAUAUUUCUUCUGUUUAGAAGAAUAUAAUAUAAAAUAAAAUAAAAGGUCAUUUAGUUUUUGAAAACCCCAAAGGUUAGGAGAAAAACAUAUAUCACAUAUAACACAAAAAUCAUGGUAUAAUUAUUGUUCUGAUUAUGUGAAAAUGUCUGACAUGCUGAAAUUGUUAAAAAAGAAGAAGAAGAAGAAAAAUAAAAGUUGUUGAUGAUA